CGCAGCAAGUGUCAAAUCCGCAAGGGUUCCCUCACUUCGCCUACGGGAAGCGUCUCUGCAAAGUCGUGGGAACACAUCAGGUCGCCAGCAGCUUCGUUCUUGGCCAGUUUCGCAUCGCCCGUACUCCCGCCUGCCUAUGAAGAAGAUGGCGACGAGAUUGACGACUAUGUGCUCGACAAGAUCAUUGGGCACGGCGGCUUCUCGACUGUACGCAGCGGAUACAGUAUCUCGGAUGGCCACAAGGUCGCUGUCAAGGUCAUCAACAAGACCAAAAUGAAUGAGCAAGACCAUGCACGGCUUGAGCGCGAGCUCGAUAUCUGGAAAUCGCUCAAUCACCCCAACCUGGUGCUCAUUGAGAAAAUACUGGAAACCGAUCAUGCCAUGUACGUCGUCUGUACCUAUUGUGGCGGCGGAUCCUUAUUGGAUCGUGUCAACCAACAAGGUCCCUUGCCGGAAGAAGAGGCCCGUGCGAUUAUCAUUCAGCUCUGCCAUGCAGUGCAAUACUUGCAUCAGGAUGCUAGAGUUUGCCACAAGGAUCUCAAACUGGAGAACGUCCUCUUGGACGACUCCAAUUGUGUGAAGGUGUGUGAUUUUGGUUUGGCCAUCUAUCAAGCACCCCCCAUGUUUCUGGACAACGAGGUCGCUGGCGGCUCGUUGGCUUAUGCCGCUCCUGAACAGGUCCGAUCGGUCAAGCCGCUGCCUUCUCCCGCAGCGGAUCUUUGGUCGCUGGGAAUCUUGCUCUAUGUUUUGGUCACUGGCCGUCUGCCUUUCCAGGAUUGCUAUGAUGUCCGUCUUCAGCAAAAGAUUUUGCAAGGGGAAUUUGAAAUGCCCAGCUGUUUGUCUGAAGGCCUGCAGCAGCUUCUGCACGGCUUGCUUCAAGUCGAUCCCCAUAAACGAUACACUGUCCGCCAAGUGCUGCACUCCUCUUGGUGCUCCCCGUGA